UCUGGGCGUUUUGAGCAGUUGAUCAUCGCAGAACCGGUGGUAGAGCUCUCGACGCACACGCUUCCAUUGGACAGGCCGUCAUUAUUUUCCAGCACGUGCACCAAUAAAGGAAGAUGUUCGUCUCGCUGCGCGAAGGCACUCUACUAGGUUUCUCUCUGGUUAUAAUUUCUGCCUUAUUGACAACGGUCCAUGCAGCCAAUCUAGCCACGAAUCUAGUCUGCGGCACGAACCAGGCCUCCAUUGAAGUGACCGACGGCAAUUACCUUCCCACUGAAGGGCGAAUGUACGUAGACGGCCAUUACAGCACUGCAGGCUGUUUCAUAGCUGCAUCACCCUGGGUCCUGAAUGUAUCCAUUGGGCAGUGUGGCACAGCUUACGAUACAAAUUUCACCGUUAUCAUUCUCCAUGAUAAGGACUAUUACCUGGAAACAAUAGAUUCGGCCAAGACGUUUGCUUGUGCCAAGUCUCUUUACGCAACCACUAUGACCAACGUUUCUGCCUAUGUACCGGCGGGAGAAAUCAUUCCAAUUAUCGGACAAACUGCCAAUAUACCAGCACUAGAUAUCAACAUAACUUUAGUGUUGAAGAAUACAUCUACCGGCGCCAUAAUUGAUUUGAAUUCCGACCCCGUUGUUUUGGGUGGUAAUGUUACGAUGGAAAUUAUACCGACACCGUAUGCACAUGUUAAGAUAGAGGCACUCAGCUGCUGGGCUGCCGGUGUCACUAAGAAUUCCUCAACCGAAACCUGGAAGUACCUCUACCUCAUCUCAAACAGUUGUCCCAGCGUCCCCUUUUUCACCGUUUUCACACAAGAUAGCACUACCAAAAAAUUGUCUGCCACCUUUCCAAUGUUUCUGAUGACUCCUCGACACGAUACCAAUAGGACAAUGGGUUUUUUCUGCACCGUGAAGGCCUGCGACAAAAACAGCACUGACUGCGGACCAAAGAACUGUUCCAACAACGAAAUGAGCUGGGGACGACGCCGACGACGAGCUGCAGAGGAAGAAGAGUACAUCCAGAGCAACCUGGACACCGCGGAGCCCGACUAUUCAGCCGAAACUGAAGAGAGAGGACCUGCUUCUGUAGCGUUGGGUUAUUUUGUUCAUGUCAUUGAUCCAGAAUCUGAUUUAACGACGCUUGCCCCACCACUAGUGGAAGUGCCCAAAGUUAAACAACCAUCGCCUAAAGCGCCGAUACCCGUGCAAAAAUCGGAUGCAAACGGAUUCUGCCUAAAUCAGUUCAGUUUUGUUGUUCUUGCUGUGUUAGUUGGCCUCAUCAUCAUUGCUUUUUGCUGCGUGUCCGCGUGUUUCUUUGCAUACGUUCGUAACAAGUCGGCAACACGAGGACUUGCCGCCAAGACUGUUAAUGGAUAAUAUCGGUUUACACUAACUUUGAAAAUCAUACAAUUUGGUUCAUGAAAUUUUGCUUUGAAAUCUUGUUUGUUACUUGAUCGGCCAUUGUUUUUUUUUUGCAUUUUGUUCCGUUGUUUCAACAACGAAUGCAUUUCAUUACAUCAAUGUGGCGAUUGAAAUAAAUAGAUCAUUGUUGUAAAUAG